UGCUCUGUUUCCCUAUGAGUAUGGUGUGGAACACAACUAAGAACUUGUGCCCAUGGAGGACACAAUGUUGAGGCAAUUUUUAGAUGGUUUUACUUGGAUGCAUGUCACAUUGAGUUCAAACAAGGAACUUUGCCUUUGCUUAAUCUCAUACAAGGUCCAACUCCGUAAGUGGUGAUGAGGAUCAACCAAGAGUGGAAAAAUUGUCCAUGAAGAAAAAGGGAAUAGGAUCCGAAGCAAGAGCUGAACGAAUGGCUAAUGCAGAUACAGAUAUGCAGCUUCUGAAUGAAGCUGAGAGAGGAAGACAACUGCAGAAGCAGAAGAAACGCAAACUUCAAGGGUGUGAAGAGGAAGUUCUGGCAAAACUUGAGAAGUUUAAAACCAAGGUAUCAGCAAAGGAGACACCCACAACUGUUGAAUCUAAACAUGCUAAUGAUGAGGAAUUAGCUGACUGGAGUAGUGUUACCUUGAAAUUUUUCCCCCGGAGUUGGCAAGGACCACAUGUCUCGCAAAGAGGAUCCAAAUGAUUAUGUUGUGCAUGACCCACUUUUGGAAAAGGGGAAAGAGAAGUUUAAUAAGAUGCAAGCCAAACAAAAGAGACGAUGAUAGGAACUCGAAUUAAAGAGAAACAGAAUAAAUAGUAUUAUAGAUUGAAUAGAAAAUAUUACCGAAGAUUAUCCCUCUGUAAUCCCAAAGCAAAAGCUCCUCAGAGAAGAGACAUCUCUCUCUCUGCCCAAAACCAAUAAGGUUCCUAAUUAAAUAAUUAUGAAUUCCCCUACUGUUGUGGCCAAAUGGCCUUAUUUAUACAAAGAAAGAGCAUAAACUGCCUGUAACUGCUCCUAAUCAAUACAAAUUAUAUAUUAAAAUAACUGACUGCAUCAGCAGUCACCGUAUCAAUACCACCGGAUACCUAACAUUACCGACCGCUAGAAAAACAGCCUUGUCCUCAAGGCUGAGUUAAAGAAACUAACUUGAAUUCUUUUGCCCCCAGGAUCCCAUUGUUGAAAACCUGACAAGCCCCCUUCAAACAACCAAGCCACAUACAAAGUUUUAAAUUUGCAACUCCUUUCUUUCAAAUUCAGAGGGAAUGGCUCCGGCGGUGGUUGUGGGUAGACCCCACCCUCUUGCUCUCUUUUUCUAAUUGUCAUAUAAGAUUUUCUUCUUGCUUUUGUUUCUUCAUCUGUCCCUUUCUCGUUCAAUACUCUUCCCCCAAUUCUAUUAUCCUUGCGACUCUUCUUUGUUUCAAAGUUCUCCAUUUCUGCAUCAACAACCUUUUCCGACGAAGGUGAAAUUUCAUUGACGUACCUUCCUUCUCCAUCAUUGAUGAUCUUCUCUAAUACUGGUUCAUCGUGUUUUUCUGCCAUCUUCCACAGUUUUGGUUCAGAUUCUUGAUCAUGAUUUUGCACCAUUUGUUUAUCUGUUGGGUGCUCCAUACAUGCUCCAAAUUCUCUAAUCAUAGCCAUAGAAAAUGACUUCCAGUCAGCAUCUGGGUUCUCUUGGCACCAAGAAUAAAACCACAACAACGCUUCUUCAUCCUCCAUACUCAUGAAAGUCCACUGCAACUUAUCACAUGAGUGAAUUUCAUUAUCUGCAAAGAACAUUUCAGCCCUUGUGAUCCAUCCAGCAGGAUCCGCCCCAGUAAAUUGUGAUAAUUUAUACUUCAAAGUCCAUAUUCCAUCCAUCUCCGAUAACACUGGUUUCCUUCUCGUAUCCGGUAGGUCGGACCAAUUGAUAGGAACCCGAAUUAAAGAGAAACGGAAUAAAUAGUAUUAUAGAUUGAAUAGAAAAUAUUACCGAAGAUUAUCCCUCUGUAAUCCCAAAGCAAAAGCUCCUCAGAGAAGAGACAUCUCUCUCUCUGCCCAAAACCAAUAAGGUUCCUAAUUAAAUAAUUAUGAAUUCCCCUACUGUUGUGGCCAAAUGACCUUAUUUAUACAAAGAAAGGGCAUAAACUGCCUGUAACCGCUCCUAAUCAAUACAAAUUAUAUAUUAAAAUAACUGACUAUAUAUUAAAAUACCGCUCCUAAUCAAUACAAAUUAUAUAUUAAAAUAACUGACUAUAUAUUAAAAUAACUGACUGCAUCAGCAGUCACCCUAUCAAUACCACCGGAUACCUAACAGACGAGAACGGGAAUGGGCUGGGAGAUCUCUUACUUGAUUCUGCUGGUGUCAACUAUGUGAAUUUACAAAGCUAAUCUGUUUUCAUUUCUGAAGGCUGGUAUAUCCUUUCAGCUAUGGGAGUACCUUAUGUAUCAAGUAGGGAAACUUCUUAGUGAAAUGGAGGAAAAACUUGUUGGACAUAGGAUGGUGAGCUUGGUAGACAAGGAAACUAAUGUAAAGUUUAGGGUUACUGUUCCUGUCUUAAUCUAUGCUGCAUUAUUGCUAACUUUUCAUCUUUUAGUUGAAGCCAAAUGGGGAAGAUCUCAUGAAAGGAUACCCGCAUUCAUUGCACCAUGUGAAAGGACAUAGUUCGACAUAAUUGUAGUUUUGGUGCAAUGUUCAUAGAUGUAUUGUUUAGCUUUUCACAGAUAUACUUGUUAUUUGUAUUAUAUAAUUGUGGAAGUUGGAACCAACGUGUUGAGUUGAAAACUUAAUUUUAGAAAUACGAAUUUUUUGUUUGGCUAAAUGAAUCAAAAUUUUUGGUUUCUGGGUGGAAACAUCGAGAGGCUCUAUUUGUAGUUGUAGCCCUUGCUUUGAAAAGAGAAUAAACUCAUCCAACCCUUCUGGCAUUUUUAUCAUACAAACAAAAUCAGAAUAAUUUUCAAUAAAAAAUUGCGCUUUUAAAGUCGUCCAACUAUUGUCUAAAUCAUGUGAGAUUUUAAUAUCUUGGCUCAGCAUUAGUAAAUCAUGAUGUCAACAUCCCGGCCAAAUGAAUAAAAUUGAGAGGGUCAUGACAUUACUAGUUCCAUCUGCCGGCCUAUAUUUGUCAACUAUUAUAUUUAUCAGGACGGCUUUAGGAUUAUAAAUCAAAUUAUCAUUGUAAUAUUAGCCAAUUUGACCAUUUCCAUUUCUGGCAAAAGCUACAGCUUAUUAGUCCACAUAAACUUUUGCAUCAAAAACCCUGUAGCAUAUUCUGCUCAAAUGGAAAUGAUUUGCAAUAUCUUGUUGGUCUUCUUAGUAACACCCUUUUUCCUCCUAAACAUGAUUAGUUGUGAGGAUGAUGAGGUGAAGAGAACACUAAUACAGUUCCUGACACAACUCAGAGGCCAGCAGAAUAAUAGUUCAAGUUUGGUCUGGAAACCAGACACUGAUCCCUGCAAGGAUCAUUGGAAUGGUGUAUACUGUGAUGC